UUGCAAUAAUAAAAGGCCAAUCUGCAAGAUUGACAAUAGGAAAAGUAGAGCUAAUUCAAAGAACACAAUUAAAAAAGGACUAAUGCGAAAAGAAUUUAUAAAUUGACUUUUACAAGGCAUCUGAAACAUAUUAGAAAUAUGUGUUAGUCUUUGACAACUGUUGUAAAGAAAUUUGUAUGGCUAUUUGCAAUACUUAAUAAUCUAAGAGGGCAAUAAUCGAAAUAAAUUGGAAAAAUCUGGGCACAAUCUCAACUUAAUUAUUUGCCUUCUUUAACUCAUACGCAGCUUAAGCUCUAAUUACCACAAAUAAAUGGAUUAGUAUAGACUUGGCAUCACGUUCAUACAUUAUUGAUUAGCAAUUUUUGAUCGUUUGUGUCUCAACACCAUAUAUUAUUAUCCCAAUAAAACUUUAAGAUUAUUAGCAUAUAUGAAAAACUUAAUUCAGUCAUGAGCAUGUGACACAAAGGUGAGAAGAAACAGUAACUGAUAGCUGGUCUAAUUGUUAAAUAAAAAAACGAAUGCAGAUGAUGAACAUUCAUAAACUUAAUCUGAAUAUGUGGGGCAUUUAACUUAAUCUA